UUCAGUCUACUUCACCAAAAAUGACGUCUGACGAGUGAAAGUUUAACCUCUCUUCUUUUAUAUAUUUACAUUGCAUUUACUGCAAUAAGAUUUCUCAUAAAGGCAAUCAUGGACGACGACGCGGCUGCUUUGCAGAACCUGGAACAGCUCAUGACCGAAUUUUUUUCCCCGGAGACAACCAACGAACGAAAACGCACGAUUGAACGUAUUUUCCAAGAAUUUUCUGCGCAAAUUGACUCCUGGAAGCCGUGUUUGCAUUUCCUAUCCUCCACAAGCAAUCAUUAUGUCAGUAUGUUUGCUCUGUCCACCUUGGAGACAACUAUUGGAAGACGUUGGCCGAUUCUCCCAUGGGAAGACAGAGCUCUUACAAGAUCUACCUUGUACACAUUAUCAUUGGAAAGAGAUGUAGCACCUUUUGUGAGAAAUAAGAUAGUGAAAUUAGUAGUAGAUAUAGCAAGACAUGAUUGGCCGCAUUUCUAUCCAGAUUUUUACUCCAAUAUUUUACAGCUAUUAGGUCACAAACACACAAGACUACUGGGACUUGUAUACUUGAGAACAGCUUCUGAGGAACUAGCCACGCCGAGAGAAGAUCUGCCAUUGCAUAGAAAGAGCGAGUUGUUCAGAUUAUUAAGCGCACAAGUGCCUCUAACUUUGGAUACACUUACAGUUCUUCUGAAAGAAACUACAAAAUUGCAAAGUCGUUCCGGGACUGUGACACCACCUCCCUCACCUACCAGUGGACAAAGUCUUGCCCCUGCACGUACAGUACUGGACGUUGAGGGAUUAGCGACAGGCACCAGUGAAGUUUGUAUAGCUACUUUGGAAGUUCUAGCACACCUAUUCAGCUGGAUAGAUCUAUCUGGCAGCAUCUCCAGCAAUUUAUUGGAUGCUAUUUUUUCAUGUGCCAAAUAUCAAGAUGCAAUGAAUGGCAAGCAAAUAGAAAUGGCUGUUCAAGCUUUGACUACAAUCAACGAGCUUUUAUAUAGACCACUCUGCUCACCCGAAGCCACUGAUACACUUUUACUGGAAAUAUUUCAGAAUGGCGUUAGUUUGUUCCAAUUGAUGGAACGUUUAGAUUCGAUAGAGGAAAGUUAUAUGGAAAAGAUGACAGAGUUUUUACAAUUGUUUAUAACUAAUCAUCUGAAAAGGAUGGAGUCAAGCUCGAAAUUUCCAGUAAAUACGUUGUUAGAAGUACUGUGCCAUCACACAUUCCAGCAAGCUUCUACGGUGAACGGUUAUUUGCGCUGUUUAGACGUGUGGACCACUCUUUUGGAGAGCACUCAGUCGCGAUAUUCCGCCGUUGCAUUAGCCCUCGCCGAACGAAUUUUGCAGAAAAUAAGCUUUAAACUCAACGCUCGAGUAUUAAGAGAUCUCGACACGGAAAGUUUGGACGAGAAUGAGGAAACAGAAUGGCAACAUUUUUUGAGGUGCAAUGUAGAAUGUUUAGCGAAAAUCGCCGACAUUUCUCCCAUUCCAAUAUUUACGCUAUUGUAUCGUUCGUGGAGAGAAGGAUUAAUUAUUUUCGGAGAAUUGGGCGCUGCCGUUGCCAAUGGUCAAGUUAUUUUACUGAACGAUACGGAGGCAUCUAAUGUACAUGCACAUCUAAGGGAUCUCGCGUCGACCACGCAAGCUUUAACCAGACUAUAUUCCCUUUUCAUUGGAGAUCAAACAAACAUCGAUCAAGCCUUAGCCGGGGAAGUGGUGUCGCAAACCCUGGAUGCAUGUAUCUUCGCGAGAGAUAAUCAGCUAUACAAAGCAUCACUCCAGCCAGCCGCCAUCGUGUUGGAUCUCAUAGAAGUACAUUCACAGCUUUUGGCUUCUCUUCAAGCGUGGUGUCACUGGAUAACCAGAAGACCGGAGAAAGCUAAGGAAACGCUCUGUCAGCGUUGCAUCGAUUCGUGCAUUUGGGCAACAACGUACACUGUGUCCUGCGAUCAACCGCCCCCUUCGAAUCUCAUCCAUUCCGCCGUUCACCUUUUUCAAAGUAUCACCGCGAUAUUGAAGCCCAUUCUGUGGGACCAACCGACUUUCCGGAAUUUAAUUUCUAUGGGCACGUACUCGUACUUGAAGCCAGAUACGAUUAAAGUUCUACGAAGAGCGUUGAUAAACGGUAUCAUAUUGCCACCCGGUGAUGCAGCGGCGAGGCAAAGAUUGUUAGGUACCAUGGUGUUAUCGCUGUCCGCACCUCUGGGCGUACAAGGACAACCAGUGCCUUCAGAAUCAAUAAUUUCGAUCGCGAUGAUGCCACUGAUUCAACUACUGGAAGAUUGCGCGUCGUCGUCUACGACCAUAAAGAAGAUGUUGCAUUCGUGUCUCGAAUCAAUCAUAAAUAGGACAUUGGAGUUACUGUCUUGUGUGAUACGGUGUCAGAGCAUAUGUGAAGCGCUACUUAGCUUUCUACACUCGGCGUUUUCAGUAUUACAGCAGCAAUUGGGACCCGAGUUUACGCAGAAUGCGGUUCAAGGCAUGCUGCAACUGUACACAAGGGAAAAUAUUUCCGCUGGUCCGGCAUUGGAUCAAUUGUUGGAAAUCUUAAUACUCGUCGUAUCAGCGCCCAGCAACGCAUUUAAGGCGUUUGUCCCUUCAGUAACGAGUCUGUGUUUGGGCCAAGUGUGGCCCGCUGUCGGAGGCAACCUAAGCGCUCACCCGGAUACUACAUUAGUUUUAUUGAAGCUCUUCCACAGUAUUCUUAUGCAUCGAUGGCAGUAUUUCUAUAACACUUCGGUGCUGCGGACCCUCGGACAUCCCGAUGAGGACGAACCUGUCGAACAUAAGGAGGAAUUAGUUGCAAUUUUGGAGGCUUUCGGUCAAGCGCUCCUUCAAUCAGACGUGAAUAUAUUCCGGCAGAGUUUGCAGAGCCUCGAGCAAUUGAAUAUCAGAUGGCGACUUUAUCAACGAAUCGUCUUCAAGGUUCAUCUUCUCGAGAGAUUUCUGAUGGCGUUGUUUACAGUGUUGUUUCAACAAUCUCACAAUUUGUUGGCGGACGAAAUAGCCGCGGCUAUUCACAGUCUAGCGUCUGUCAACAUAGGAUGGUUCUUCGGCCAUUUUUUGCCAACGUUUUUAGCAACCUGCGAAGGCGUCGACGAUAUGCAGAGAGCCACCUUGCUGGGAAACUUCGACAAAUCCACGGAUCAACCGACUCUGACGAGGUCAGUACUUCAGCUUAUUUCAGAUCUAAGAUGUUAUCAGCUGUGCAGACCGGGCUGAAGCGCGGGUCGAGAGGGAACUGACAUUGAAAUUAUUCCAUGAGACUUUUGAAGUGGCAUUUAAAUCAACAUUUCCACCGAAUCUCUCCUGCGAGUGCCUCUAAAUACAGAUACGAGGAAGAUAGAACGAAAAACAAAAAAAGACAAACCUUUUGUAAACAUUUACCAUUCUGUGUAUACCACUGCCGCACCACUCUUUUGUGAUGUAAAUGCUAUUACUACGAAUAAAACGCGUCUUUUUACAUGUC